CCCUUCCUUCCUUCCUGCCUCCCUCCCCCGCCGUGCCCGGCGCUGCACAUGGCCGCCUUCCUGGAGCUGCAGAGCCGCGAGUGGCGCCCGCCCAGCCCGCGGGACCCCGAGGGCGGCCUCUUCGGCUGCGCCCUGACCGGCAGCGCCCUGGCCUUCACCUUCGUGGCGGAUGAGGAGGAUGAGGACUGCGAGCAUCUCCUGACCCUGUCCACGGUCUCCCUGGGCGCCGGAGCCGUGGACGAGUGCAACGUGGUGGAAGUGGUGGGACGCGACUGCGACGACCGGGAGAUCGCCGUGCCCGUGGCCAACCUGAAGCUGUCGUGCCAGCCCUCGCUGAGUUUGGACGGCUUCACACUGCAGCCUCCCGUCACCUUCCGCCUGGCCGCCGGCUCCGGCCCCGUGCACCUGGCCGGGCAGCACCGUGUCGUGCCCAGCACCGGUCUGUCCGAUGAGGAUGAGGAUGAGGAUGAGGAUGAGGACGAGUCCAGCGAGGAGGAGGAGAUCGCGCCCAUCAUGCCAGCGAAGAAACAGCGCCGGAGGCUGUAGAGGUGCUGCUCCGGUUCCGGCUUCAGCUUCCCCACCCUGGGGCUGGGACCUGGCUGCAAGGAAGAGCCCCCCGGGGAUGGCCAAGACCCCUGCCCUGGCACAGGCCAGGGGGCUGCGCUCCUGGGACCAAUGCCUGGCUCCAGGGGUGGACGCGGGGGUGUCCCCCUCCUCCGGGCUCCCUGCAGUUGUGCCUGGGCCCAGGCCUGUACCAGGGCUCUUCCCAGUGUGGCCUUGCCCCCCAGGCCCGUGGGGAAGCUCUGGGGGGCUCUUGGGGUGCAUCCAGGUAAAGGGUCAUCACUGCCUUCCCAA